AUGGAAUUUUUUGGUGAUACUAAAGACUAUAUUAUGCAUGACGGUCGUAAAGAGGACUUCGCUUGGGAGUCUUCUGUGAAGUUGACACUAGUUGGUUCUGAGGACUUGGGGAUGUAUUUGGAGGAGAGGGAAAGGGAGGGAAGGAAGCGCAAGUGGCAGGAGGGGAAGAUGCGCAGGGAGGAGGCUGAGGAAAAGGAGCAGAGGAAGAUGCCGCCCAAGAAGGUCAUGGGUGAGUUAUAG